AGAUCAAAAUCAAUCGUACCAAUCCCUUGCUCGGACCUUCACCAUGGCUCCCGGAAUCAACGAAACGCCUAUUCCCAUCCACCCGCACCCCGACGCGGAAAGACAAUACCCCAAGCCCCUCAAGGUCAGCGGCGCCUUGGACAAGUACGAGUAUGAGGAAACCACUCCCGUGAUCGGACGCGAGUAUCCGACCGUCAACAUCGUCGACGACCUGCUGAAUGCCCCAAACGCGGACGAAUUGGUCCGCGACCUGGCCAUCACCAUCUCCCAACGCGGCGUCGUCUUCUUCCGGGCGCAGGAUAACCUCACCGACGCCCUCCAAAAACAGCUGGUCCAGCGCCUCGGCGAACUAAGCGGCAAACCCGCCACCUCGACCCUGCACAUCCACCCGGUGCUCAACAACACGAACGAGUUCGGCGUGGGCGACGCCGAGAUCAGCACGAUCAGCUCGCUGGCGCGCAAGAAGCUCUUCGGCCCCAGCCACGCGCUCAACCGCCGCAAAUACGACUCCGCCCAGUGGCACUCGGACAUCCAGUUCGAAGCCGCCCCGGCCGACUACACCUCCCUGCGGCUGACGCAGCUGCCCCGCACCGGCGGCGACACCCUCUGGGCCUCCGGCUACGAGAUCUACGACCGGCUCUCGCCCAAGUACCGCGCGUUCCUGGAGGGGCUGACGGCGACGUUCUCCGGGGACGGGUUCCUGCAAGCCGCGGAGCGGAAUCCGGAGGAGGUGCGCAUCUACACGGAGGCGCGCGGCAGUCCGUUGAAUGUGGGCAGGGAGCUGACGGCUGUGCAUCCGGUCGUCCGGACGAAUCCGGUGACCGGGUGGAAGAGCGUCUUUGCGAUUGGGCCGUUUCCCAAGGUGAUUAAUGAGUUGACCGGGGAGGAGUCGGAGGAGGUGUUGGGCAAGUUUAGGCGGGUCGUCGCUGAGAAUCAUGAUUUGCAGGUGCGGUUGAAGUGGAGGAAUGCGAAUGAUAUUGCGAUCUGGGAUAAUCGGAGUGCGUUCCAUACGGCGACGUUUGAUUAUGAGGGCCUCGGGGAGCGGUUCGGGCAUCGUGCCGUGGGGAUUGGCGAGGCGCCGUAUUUGGAUCCGAAGAGUCGGUCGAGGACGGAGGCGUUGGCGGAGGAGGCGGCGUGAUGGCGGUGGUGGGUUUGUGCAGGUUGUCUUCGGACGGAGUCCUCGGAAAUAGGUUGGGUCAUGCUUGGUGCCGGAAUCUCGUGGCUACUGACAUCAAGCCCUCGAACAGCUUCUUAUCUGUUCUGUAUCGAGUGUAGAGGCCUCUUUCACUGCUAUGACGUCUCUAGAUGAGUGACAGAUUUUAGAUAUUGCAACUGAGCCAGGUCAUGACCAGUUGCGGUCCUACAAUAACCUUACUAUCUGCUACGUUAUCCG